CUGCCUCUCCUCAGACUAACGAUGGCUAAAGCCCAGCUAUUUGUAUCACAGGACGAGUUCACCUGCUCGGUGUGUCUGGACACCCUGACUGACCCCGUCACCAUCCCCUGUGGUCAUAAUUUCUGUCUGAAGUGCCUCACGGACUGCUGGGAUCAGAGCCGAGUGUUUAGCUGUCCUCAGUGCAGGCACAUCUUCAGCACAAGGCCAGAGCUGAACAGAAACACUCUGCUGAAUGGAGUCAUCAAGAAAUUUAAAAGACCAAGACUAAGUCCUCCUCUGUCUCAGAGUUAUGCCAGCUUUGGAGACGUGGAGUGUGACAUCUGUUCUGGGAAGAAGUUCAGAGCAGUGAAGUCCUGUCUCACCUGCCCGGCCUCCUACUGUCAGACUCACCUGCAGCCUCACUAUGAAGGAGACGCCCUGAAGCACCACAAGCUGGUUGAUCCUAAUAGAAAUCUGAAGGAUAAACUCUGUGAGAAACAUCAGAAAAGUCUGGAGAUAUUCUGUAAAACUGAUGAUUCCUGCAUCUGCUUGACACGGCUGAUCGGAGCUAUGGCCAAACAGCUGGGGGUGACACUGAGUGAUAUCAAGAGGAGACUUGAGGAGAGAGAGAAGACACUGAAGGAGACGAGGAGAGCGAUGGACGUGAUGAAGAUGUCUGUGGUAAGAGAGGUGGAAGAAAAUGAGAAGAGCUUCACUGCUUUGAUACGGUGCAUUGAGGAAGCCCACAGGAAACUGACUGAGAGGAUCAGAGAACAAGAAAAGAGAGAAAUGGAGAAGGCUGAAGGAGUCAUGGAGCAACUGGAGAAGGAGAUUGAGGAGCUGAAGAGGAGAGAAGCUGAGCUGAAGGAGCUUUCAGAGACCAAGGACCAUCUCCACUUC